AUGAACCACACGAGCGCACCCUCUGCCCGCAACGCGUGCGUGACCUUCCGUAGCUUCAACUGCACGGGGCCCUCGCUGCCCGAGAACUACCGUGCGCUGCUGCUCGCCAUCCUCGCCUUCUUCACCCUGGCCACCAUCCUGGGCAACCUGCUCAUCAUCUCGUCCAUCGCCUUCUUCAGGCAGCUGCAGUCGUUCCCCAACGUGCUCGCCCUCUCGCUCGCCAUCUCCGACUUCCUCGUCGGGCUCGUCAUCAUGCCCCUCGCCGUCACCAAGGUCAUCUACAACUGCUGGUUCUACGCGCGCCUCUACUGCAACGUGCACUACUUCCUCGACUUCGCCUUCACCAACUGCUCCAUCCUGCACCUGUGCAGCAUCGCCCUCAACAGGUACGUGGCCAUCAGCGACCCCCUGCGCUACGAGUCCCGGGUGACCAGGAGGACACUGGUGGUGAUGCUCGUGACCUGCUGGCUGGGCUCCGCUGUCUCCUCGUCACCCAUCCUGCUGAGCCUCAGCCCCACCCUCUCGGUGGGCACCAUCGAGCGCAUCUCGUGCCCCAACGACUGCGUCUUCGACAUCAACAUUGGCAUCAUGGUGGUCAUCGGAUACUGCCCGUACUUCGCAUCUCUCGUCGUCAUCGUGUGCAUCUACGGCAAGAUCUACCGCAUCGCUCGCGCGCAGGUCAUCAAGAUACGGGCUCAGCAAGGUGGGGGAGGAGGAGAAGGAAGCCACAGGACCGAUAAUGACAACGCCGAGGCUCUCGUCAAGUUGAGGACCAUGAAACGAGAGCACAGCGCCACCAAGACGUUAGGCGUCAUCAUCGGCUUCUUCCUUAUCUCCUGGCUGCCCUACUAUGUGAUCGUGCUCGCCUCGCUGGCGCUCACCGACACGCUGUUCGCCUACCGCGUGGCGCUCUGGAUCGGCUACAUCAGCUCCGCGUUCAACCCCAUCCUCUACGCCGCCUUCAAUCGGCCCUUCCGAAACGCAUUCCGGCUCAUGUUUCGCCUCAAAGUGUUCGGCGAAGGUGCCAGGGAUACGGAUCUUUCCGGUCGGUUGAAGUGA